AUGAAAAUUCUAACACAGUUGGAGGAAGGGCGAAAGAGACUUAACAAAGAAGUCGCAGCUCAACUUGAGAAGGAGAAGGCAGCUUCUCUUAUCGAGGCCAAAGAAAAAGAGGGUGUGAUGCGGUGUUUGUCACAGGAAAGAGAGCAACAAGGGAGAGAAGAGAUGUCGAGAAUAGAAGAGGAGAACAUGAUGUAA